GCUGAUGCGCUCACCUCCGUGCUGGUCGUGGCUGUAGGCUGUGCCCUGCAGCUGCCUCUGGACUGCGGAGUUGACCUGGUGCUGGAGCCCGAGCCCACGUCAGUCCUGCAAGUGUCUCUGGGAGUGCACACCCUCGUGCUGGUCCCCGAGGCGCUCUUGGGCUCAGGAGUGGGGGCGCACCCGCGCGUAGGCCUGGAACCCGGCACUUUCCUGGGCGCUCCCAGGGGAGGCGUCGCCAUCCAGCAGGGAUUCUUCUGCGCUUUUGUCCCAGAGAUCACCCUGCAAGAGGCCCACCACGAGGACGAGGAUGCCGCCCCCGGGUUCCUGACCCCCUGGAUGGUCCCUGCAGCCGGCUUGGUCGCUGGAAUGGGGUUAGGCUCCUACCCGCAUGGCCCCAUCAGACAGCCAUGGCCUCGGGCCCCCACGCCUAGUCCAGAGAGAUGCCCACCUGGGCCCUACUUCAACCUGAACUUCCACCUGUGGGAGCGCUUCCCCAGCUCACCGCUCCAAGCUCUACCUCCGUCCCCUAGUCCAGGUCCUCAGGUGCGCCCCAGGCGCCCUUUGGGGCCUGCUCCCAAGGCCCGGAAACGCCUGUUCCAGGAAUGA